AUGACGUCGAUCGACGUGCCAAGGGGUCGCUGCGUUGAAUGCGGUGACGAUGGGUUAUACUUGGAUCGUAUUCUGCUGGAGCAUUUUGCACUGCAUGUGUGUGUCACGUGUAAACAGGAUCAGACACUACGUGAUGGCGGGUUUGAGCUCUUGUCCAAAUCGCGAGCUCGAGUCGAAUAUGCGCUUCCUGAUUCGUCAUUUUGUGGUCUGUCAUAUAUCAGUAAACCUAAUCCACGACAUGAAGCUUUUGCACCUGUACAACUUUAUUUACGACGAACUUUAAUACAAGAAGCUUAUCGAUUAUACGGAGACGACGAAGGACUGCAACAAGAAAAACAAAAGCGGAAAAAACGAGCGUUUCAAUUGGCCGCGAGCAGGACGAGCCAUUUGUUGAAGCGACAACAUGCACAGGGAUUACACACUGACGGGAAUAAAAACGAGAGAAAUGGGAAGAAGAAAAAAGUGGAUUAUGUGUCACUGUUGGAUAAAGACCAUCGUCAUGAUUUUGGGAUUGAAAAGUUUGAUGAAAAACAAAAGAGCUGGAGCAAGACAUGUGAGUGUGGAAUGCACGUGCAAUUUGAAAAAUGGUGA